ACCAUCUUUACAUGAAUGAUCCGCUACAGCAGGCAAGAUGCCCAGUCUUCUAUAUGUAUCUUCUAUACUACUAGCUACGUCCUCUGCCACAGUGACAUACCUCUAUUUCCUCCAUCGUUCUCUUGGACAUCGAAUCCAUCACGAGUUUCACCACAGCGAACUCCCCAAAACCGUUUCUAAAGUUGUAUCGCUCCCUGUAGAGGUCACUCGUGGAGAAUGCCGCGCUUUCUAUGACCACGCUUCUCGUCGCGUUGCGCGCAAAUUACUUCCAACGCAAGAGCUAGAGGACUUAUUCACACUGCUCUUACGUCGCAAUAUGACAGCUUUCUCUCGUUUUCCACAAGCUUGGAUCUUGAGGUUCAAUGUAACACCUACAGACCGUAUAACGUUCCAUGCAUCUCAUAUCCAGUCACUCCGAUUCGAAAAAGGUGAUCUCGUCUGUGGGCUUUACCGUGUCCAAGAACGGGCACCCAACAAAGUCGUGCUUGAGCUGCUGUUCAAAGGGGACGUCAACGGACGAUUGAUUAUUCGAUUUUGGGAAGAGGGCGAGGAUGUUGUCUUUUGCACGGAGACGGUCAUGUGGACCAGUAAGGUAAACUCCGCACAAAGCAAGAAAGUUAUCGUCCCACUGGAGAAUCCCGUGUUGAGGUUUCUCCAUGAGAUGGCUGCAUGGUGGUUGAUUGAUUCUGGUGUCACUUAUCUGCUGGAUCUAAAGGGGAAUACAGACUCUUUAGACGGGGGAUCUCUUUGACUUGAGUUGUUUGCCAUGUCGCCUUUUCUUUGAGAGUAUCAAAGCUUCGACAUAAAGAGUUUAAGGACAAUCAAUUGUGAUGGGGAAU